GCGCCCGUCCCGGCCCGCCGAGCACCGCCAGCCCGCCUCUGGGCGCGCCGCCGGGGUUCCGGGCGCCGCGGAGGUGGCGGCUCAGCCCUGCGCUCCGAUCCCCCGCUCCGGGGAUGAGGCAGCGGUAGCGCGGAAAGAUGGUGGAUGUUGAUGUUUGUGCGGGUGGAGAUAGUACCAGAAGAAAAAUGGAUGCCCUGGCAGAUAGUGCAGUUGAGAUUGUCCCUUUGGAGCUCUAUGAUUCAGCCAGAGCAAAAAUAGCUGCUAAUCUACAGUGGAUCUGUGCAAAAGCCUACGGAAUAGAUAAUGUCCCAGAGGAGCUGAAGGACCCGUUUUACAUAGAUCAAUAUGAGCAAGAGCACAUCAAACCACCCGUGAUCAAGCUGCUGCUGUCCAGCGAGCUGUACUGCCGCGUCUGCAGCCUCAUCCUGAAGGGGGAUCAGGUGGCUGCGCUGCAGGGACACCAGUCCGUGAUCCAGGCUCUGUCUCGAAAAGGGAUUUACGUCAUGGAGAGUGAUGAUACACCUGUGUCUGAAUCUGAUCUGGGCUGUGCACCAAUCAAAAUGAGUUCUCAUAUGGCAAUGAUUGAUGCUCUUAUGAUGGCCUAUACUGUAGAAAUGAUCAGCAUUGAAAAGGUGGUGGCCAGUGUCAAGCGUUUCUCUACAUUCAGUGCCUCGAAAGAACUGCCCUAUGAUUUGGAGGAUGCAAUGGUUUUCUGGAUUAACAAGGUGAACCUUAAAAUGAGAGAGAUAACAGAGAAAGAGAUUAAAUUAAAACAGCAACUAAUGGAAAGCCCAGGGCACCAAAAGGUGCGUUACCGAAGAGACCAUCUUUCAAGCAGGCAAUUACCUUACUUCCCUCUGCUUGAAGAUUUGAUGAAGGAUGGUAGUGAUGGUGCUGCUCUUCUAGCUGUGAUACACUAUUAUUGUCCAGAGCAAAUGAAACUAGAGGAUAUUUGUUUGAAGGAGGUAACUUCCAUUGCAGACAGCCUCUACAACAUCCAGCUUCUGAGAGAAUUCUCAAAUGAAUAUCUAAACAAAUGCUUUUACCUAACACUGGAGGACAUGUUAUAUGCUCCUUUGGUUUUAAAGCCUAACGUCAUGGUAUUCAUCGCAGAACUCUUCUGGUGGUUUGAGAAUGUCAAACCAGACUUUGUACAACCAAGAGAUAUUCAGGAAAUAAAAGAUGUUAAAACAGUGUUGCAGCAGAAGAGCAGCCGGCCACCUGUUCCCAUUUCCAAUGCAACCAAGCGGAGUUUCAUGGCCAGCCCUGCUGCUGCCAGCCCAGCAGACCUGCAGCCCUCAGCUCAGCCAGGCCCUGAAGCUUGCAGCAGGUACUACCUGCACCCUGAGGAGCCUGACUAUCUUGGCAAAGGAGGAAGCCCUGCUUUUAGCCCUUCCCAUCCACUGCUCCCUUUGAGACAAAAGCAACAAAAAUCUUUACAGGGAGAGGACAGCCCUGGUCAUCGGCAUCGCUCGAAUUCUCUGACCCGUGUUGACGGGCAGCCACGAGGUUCAGUCCUUGCAUGGCCAGAGAGGAAACCCAGGCCUCUGUCUCAGCCAACACCAUUUGCUCUUCAUCACUCUGCCAGCAGCGAUGUGGACCCUGGGUCUGGUGACAGCAUUAGUCUGGCCAGAUCAAUCAGCAAAGACAGUCUUGCUUCAAACAUCGUUAAUGUAACUCCAAAAAACCAGCCCCAUCCCCAGUCAGUGAAAACUAACGGGAAGAGCUUGCUGAACAAUGUUGAAAUGGAGGACGAGGAUGAAGAGCUGAUUGCAAUCAUCAGACCUGAAGAAAGGCCAAGCCGUGGCGAGGGUGAGCUGCAGAAUGCUUCAGCCAGGGUGCCCAGCAUUGUUGCCACUACGUGGUCUCCAAAAACAAACAGCGAGGCUUCAGAAAGCAAAGCAGACAGUUUUUACUUGGAGCCUUUAAUGCCUGCUGUUCUAAAACCAGCAAAGGAAAAACAGAUAAUCAACAAAGAGGAUGAAUGUGGGGAGGGGAAACAAAGGAGUUUUGUAACAAAGAGGUUAAAUGAAGGACACUUGCCUUUGAUCCGCAAGAAAACAAAUAGCACUCAUGGUGAGCAUGACCUCAACAGGACUUUUACUCCUAUUUCCAGUUCUGAUUUCACUCCAGUUGCAGACCCCAGUGCUGCAGAUUCAGUGGCACUGGCAGAGGCAGGUUUAGAAGCUUCCAGACCUUUGGCUAGUAGCAGUUUAGAUCCUUCCACUCGGGAGCUAUCCACUGGAGGGUUUUUCCUUCAUGCUGCUAAAUCUGAUGAUGACAUAGCAGGUAAAGUCAAUGUAAGUUAUGUGAAAAGCCUCAACUCCCGUGUUCCUGAUACUACAUGGACUAUGGUGAGGCACGACUCUGAUUCAGAUCUCUUAGACAUAGAAGAUGCUGACCAGGAUUUGGUGGUGAUAGACGACCAUCCCGUCAUCGCCAAAUACAUCGGCGAGGAAGAAUCUGCAAAACUGCAAGAAGAUAUGAAGGUAAAAGAACAUGAAGAUAAGGAUGAUGCCAGUGGACGUUCCAGCCCCUGUCUGAGUACAACUUCUCAAGUCAGCAGUGUGUCCAUGGCCAGUGGCAGUGUCCGAAUGACCAAUUUCGCUGAGCGAAAGCUCCAGAGACUUAAUAGCUACGAAACGAAAUCCAGCACAAGUAGCUCCCAGAAGACCACCCCAGAUGGGUCAGAGAGCUGCCCAGCACCACUGACCACGUGGAAACAAAAGCGAGAGCAGAGCCCCAACAGCCAAAAUAAAGACAACGUUAAUCUCUUAGCUUCUGAGUUGGUGCAGCUUCAUAUGCAGUUGGAAGAGAAACGAAGGGCGAUAGAGGCUCAGAAGAAGAAGAUGGAAGCCUUAUCAGCAAGGCAGCGACUAAAAUUGGGCAAGGCAGCUUUCUUGCAUGUUGUUAAAAAAGGGAAGUCCCCUGAUUCUCCACAACCUCUGAAACCAGAACACUUUGCAAAAGAAUACUCUCGGCACAACGGCGAAGACGUCGACGAGGUUUCUUUGGGUUCCAAAUCCGAGGAGUUUCUUGUGAAAGAGGAGGAGAGGGAAGAAAUGCUUCAUGAUUCUCAAGAGGUAACGAAAGCAAAAAUGCAAGAGAGCCUGGCUUUUGCUGAGCAACACAAAACAAAAGACUCUGCUGCUAUACAUGACCUGGAAAAAAGUAAGCUGAUUUCCGUUGCCCUCCUAGAAGACAGCGUCACGGAUGUGGAGAUUAAUGAGUGUGAUCUUUCUAUUGAGAAACUAAAUGAAUCCAUCAGUACACUCCAGCAGGCUAUAUUAAAGAUUUCUCAGCAACAGGAACUCCUCAUGAAGUCUCCGACGGUGCCGUCACCAGGAGCCAGAAGUAACUCUCAGGACCAAAAGGUGAAACCAUCGAUUCAUUUUGUGGAGCCCCUGUCUCCGACUGGAAUGAACAGCCUCCGUAAACCCCCUCGCUUCGGCCAGGGAAGGAGUCCUCGAGCAGGCAGACCAGCUGACCUGAAAGUCCCUAAGGACAGAGCACAAAACUCAGCACGUGUGAAAACCCCGACCCAAAGUCUGGAAACCUUAGCGCAUUUAAGACCGUUUCCAUCCAAUAGCUUGUCAAAGACUCCAACAGAGAUCGGCUUGGAAGGCAGCCCUGAUCUUGGAAGCGGUCCUCAAGACAAGUGUUUCUUUGAAAGCUAUAGGCUUCAUGAUGAGAGCAACCAGCGGUCUCUUGUUCUCUCCAACUCCAAAGAUGCAAACAUCAUUUCUGAAAUGAGCAAAGAGGUGAAUAACAGCUUCAAGGAAACAGGCUUGAAUUCUUCAGAUGGCUCAGGAAAAGAAAAUGUCCCGGUGGAUGAGCCACUGAGAAGCAAGGCCAAUCUCAUUGAGGUAGACUUGUCUGACUUAAAAGCUCCAGAUGAAGGAGAACUCGAAAACCAGGAUAGUUCUACGGAUAUAAUUAGUGAAGGUGAUCAGAAGUCUGGUGUGGGGUUUUUCUUCAAGGACGAGCAGAAAGCAGAGGACGAGCUGGCCAAGAAGCGUGCGGCGUUCCUUCUGAAGCAGCAGCGCAAAGCUGAGGAGGCUCGGAUCCGGAAACAGCAGCUGGAGGCUGAGGUUGAGCAAAAAAGAGAUGAAGCUCGUCGCAAAGCGGAGGAGGACCGAAUACGGAAAGAAGAGGAGAAGGCUCGAAGAGAACUUAUCAAACAAGAAUAUCUGAGGAAAAAACAGCAGCAAAUUUUGGAGGAGCAAGGGCUUGGAAAGCCCAAAUCAAAGCCCAAAAAACCCAGGCCCAAGUCAGUCCAUCGUGAGGAAUCCUACAGCGAUUCGGGGACAAAGUGUUCUUCCACACCUGAUAAUUUGAGCAGUGCUCAGUCUGGUUCCAGUCUGUCUUUGGCCUCAGCAGCAACAACUGAACCUGAAAGCAUUCACUCCGGUGGCACGCCGUCUCAGAGAGUUGAGUCAAUGGAGUCCUUACCAAUCCUGAGCAGAAAUCCGAGCAGAAACACAGAGAGGGACUGGGAGAACGCAUCAACAGCCUCUUCUAUUGCUUCAGUGGCAGAAUACACAGGUCCAAAAUUAUUUAAGGAGCCCAGCAGCAAAUCAAACAAACACAUUAUUCACAAUGCUAUCUCUCAUUGCUGUCUUGCUGGAAAAGUGAACGAGCCACAUAAGAAUUCGAUAUUAGAGGAACUAGAGAAAUGUGAUGCCAACCACUACAUCAUUUUGUUCCGUGACGCUGGCUGCCAGUUUAGAGCACUUUAUUGCUACUAUCCUGACACUGAAGAAAUCUACAAGCUGACUGGAACAGGGCCAAAGAGCAUCACCAAGAAAAUGAUUGACAAACUUUAUAAGUACAGUUCGGACAGAAAACAGUUUAACGUGAUUCCAGCCAAAACCAUGUCUGUGAGCGUGGAUGCUCUCACCAUUCACAACCACCUGUGGCAAGCCAAGCGACCCGCCGUGCCAAAGAAGCCUCAGACUCGGAAAUGACACCGAGCUCCUGGGGAGCAGGUUGCUGAGUGGGGUUGCAUCAGAAGAAGACAUGUUUACCACCUCCCUCCUGUUUGCUAUGAAAUGUGCAGAACCAUACACGUUUUGGGGUUUUUAUUUUCAGAAGCUUCUGAAGCAGAAACCGUGGAUGAGAGUCGUGGAGAAUGAAGGAACAAUUGCCAGUGUUGUUUUUUAUGAAUGACAAAUCUGCUGUUACACCCAAUGCUAACUACUGUGGCUUUCAGCUGAUGAGGGACUGUGCAUGUAGCAAGAUCUUUAACAAGUGGAUUUCCUUUUACUUGAAGCUUUUCAUCGGUACCAAUUGGGAAAUGAUUGAGUUCUGUUUCCCCUCCGCCUCAUUCCCUUUCCCCUGUCGUCCUUAAAGUUGGCGAGCUCUGAACUCCAGUAGAAGGACUGAAGAGAUCUUGGGUGAAGUGCUUUGGGUUUGGUUUGGUUUUUUUUUAAACAGUCUUUAGGGAAAUCUUCCUUUCAGACCUUUUUGAGGAACUGUUUAAUACACCAACUGUUGUACUCUGCCUACUGCCAACCUAAGGCCAGCGCUCAGAUUUCUGAAAACAAACAAAAAAGCCCCAACUGUUGCUGCUCAGAACAGAGUUCACUUGCAGGAUCUGCUUAGGAGAAGCAUUGCAAGGAUUGCAAAAGCCAGUCUCUUUCUUUUUUUAGAAACAAAAAGAAAUCAUUCUCAAACUGCAAGAUUCCUGGAAUACAAUCAUGAGGAGGCAUACAGGUGCUACUAGCUGCAAUGGGCCUGGCUGAAACUUCAGGCAAGCUGGAUGGAGCACAGUUAUGACUGAGUUCAGUUUCAGGUAGUGUCCUAAAGAUUUGUUUGCUUUAAUAAAGAUGGAUUCUGGUAGGUAUAGAACAUUUCCACUCUGAGCACUCUACUCCUGUACGAUGGUGCACUUAAGGAUCACAACUUUUAAUGUUUUUAUUACAUCAUGAACUGUAAUUCUCCUUCCCUUGUCCUGUCCUCUGAAGGAGCAGCAUGCUCUGGACUGAAGAGUGUGUUAUGGGGUGGGUGGCUUUUUUUAUUUUGGGUGAUAUAUUAAUAUAUAUUGAUUUGUUUUCCUCAUUUAAGAGAAUUUUUAAACAGAGACAUUUGCAUUUGGUUCAGAAGCCCAAAUAAGUCGAAUGGCUUGGAUUUCUUUUCAUGUUGAAAUAUUAAAUCUUGAGUUAUGACCUUCAAAGUCUUUGUGUUUCAGCAGAUUAAAUCUUUGUCUGUGGUACCAGGGUAUAUCCUUUUUCUUUCUUUCUUUCCCCUCUUUUUAUUAAUAUCCCCAUUUCUCCUCCUUGACCCCCAGCAUCCCUCCAAGCAGCUUUCUGUAGCUGUGACCUCAUCUAAUCUGCUGACGUUGGUCUGCCGCUUCGGGUUUGACGCCACUCCCCGAGGGUCUCGGAGCCUGGGAGCUUUUGGUUUGCACAUGUUUACUUUUAUUUGAAGUGUUACUUGAAUAUGUAUCUCUUCAGUGCAAAAGGCACUACAGCAUCCCAGAGAUGAGCUGAGCUCUGAGAUGCAAUGCAGUGUAAUUAUUGACCUUGGAGGGUAACGGGCGUUACAGAGAGUUGUGUACAAAGGGGCAGAGUAGGGUCUGGAAUAACGUGCUGACUAGACAGAGCAAAGUGAAGGUCUUCCAUUGUGGUCUCUCCAUUUUUUUGUUGGCCCUUUCCAGUACUCCUUGACUAGGCUGCUGCAACUUUGUAAAUGAUGUUAGAUAGUUUUUGCUGCUUGUAAAUAAUUAAAGGCUUUAUGGUUUCUGAAGUGCUGAGUAUUAAACACGUCAUGAGUGUAACUUCUGUUACCAUGCUCUUCAUGCUUGUGCUUUAUUUCUCACUGUUUGAUAUUAUAAACCAUAUUUAUUUUA